AGGAGGAGAGUGUUGUUUACCUGUGAUGAAGGUGAAAAGGUGGAAAAAACGAGGGAGGAAGGGAGGGAGAGACAGAGGUCGACAUUUCAGAGGUAGAUAACACAAGGAAGGUAAAGUUCAGGAGGUAUCGAGUGUCACUUAAAGGAUCAGGAGAUAGCCAUCGGGGGCAGAGGGGCAGGAACUCAAUCCCAGGGUCAAGACAACUGAUGUUAAUAAAACCUCCUCACCUGAGCACACCAGGAGGCAGAUAUGGACAGAAGCGUGAGGAAAGCAGGCAGGGGGGACCACAAGGAAGUAAACGGCAGAUGACAGGGAGAGCUUGGCUCUAUUUUUUUUCCCCCUCUGUUUUUUUUUUUUUUAUCCACGUCUUAUCUGCUUUGAAAGUGGAAAAUGGCUGAAACGUUUUCUUGAAGCGCAAUCCGACAAACCCAGCCUCACUUAGCAGAGUUUUGUGGAUUUUUCUCUUUGUUUUUUUUGUCCUUUUUCAAAGCAAGCUCAAGUAAAAAUCGAGCAGACGUGGAGUAGAGGAGAGGAGUGAAGGGAAGAGAAGAGAAAGGGCGAGGGAGGGGGAGGAAGGAGAGAGCGUGGUGUCUGUGCGGCUGAGCCUGUGGCAGCGAGAUGUUCAUGCUCAUUCGAGAGCCGUCCGCCGGAGGAGGCGGUGCUGGAGCGAUGAGCGCGCCACAGGAGAGGAGCGCAAAGCAGGUACAGGCUGCCAUUAAGAGGAAGAUGGAGAGGCAGAGGAGGCGCAGCAUCGAGCAGGGGACGCUCGCCGCGGAGGGUCAGGCCGCGACCCAUUUGCCUCCGCAGCGUCAGAAGACCAGGCAGCCCCCACAGACGACGGCGGCAGAGGCGGCUGAGGACAGCGAGGCUCUGGAGGAACAGCUGGAGGAGAUGUUGGAGGGACCUCGGCGGAGCACGAGGGAGAAAGAGCCGGAGGAGGAGCCCGUGGACCUGCUGCCUAUGGUAAACUCUGUGUUUGGACAGGACAGAGAGCUGAGACCCGAGGAGCUCGAAGAGCUCCGCCAGGCGUUUGUGGAGUUCGACAAGAAAAAGAAGGGCUACAUCAGUCACAGAGAUCUAGGGGAGUGCAUGAGGACUAUGGGUUACAUGCCCACAGAGAUGGAGCUCAUCGAACUGAGCCAGCAGAUCUGUGGAGGCAAGGUGGACUUUGAGGAUUUCGUGGAGCUCAUGGGACCAAAGUUGCUGGAAGAGACGGCAGACAUGAUCGGCGUCAAAGAGCUACGAGACGCAUUCAGAGAGUUUGAUUCCAACGGUGACGGUCAGAUCAGUUUGACGGAGCUGCGUGAGGCCAUGAAGAAGCUGAUGGGAGAACAAGUGACCAACAGAGAGAUCAACGAGAUCCUUAAAGACGUGGACCUCAACGGGGACGGCCUGGUGGACUUCGAGGAGUUUGUGCGAAUGAUGUCUCGCUGACCAGGCCAGCUCCUCUCCAGACGACGCAGGGAACGAGAACACAAUGCUGCAGUGAACUUUAUUUUUAACGUGUUGAAUAUAUCUAUUUUUCUAUGAAAUAUAAAAACAGGAAAAAGACAAGAGGUGAAAGGAAAUAUACGAACAGCAGUACGAUACAUAUCAGCUUUACAAUAGAAAUAUUUAUACGUUUCCUGUUUUUAACAUAUUUUUAUAUGUGAGUGAUCUUUUUUUGAGUGUAAUUAUUGUAAAAAAAAUA